AUGGCAGUCAAUAUCGCGUGCAUGUCGUUCAUUAAUGUUGAUUUUGGAUUUAGCAACUUCCUCUGGCCGUUAAAUCCUGAAACAAAAGCCUUUGAUGCUAAAGCUGUCGACAACCGCCAGCUGAAAAAUCAACUAUUGUAUCUCAAUCAACACCGCUGGGCUCUUGGUGUGCUCAUUAAUCUUAUCGGUGCCCUGAAGAAUUAUUACCUCUUCUCGCAUAAGCGACUGCACAAGAGGUCUCUCACUGCGAGCGAACCGCAUCAUAAGGCGCUCAGGGAUGAAUCGCGGGUGCACUGGUUCCAGCAGCAGCACGAGAAGAAGCGCAAGAAGCGGGACUUCGGCAACCCGUCCAUUGGGUUCCUCGAUUAUCCGCACUUCUUCAGCGACUUCGGUCCGCGUCCGCGGCAGGCUAGCGUGUUCCAUCGCCAAAGAAACAGGGGCUUGCCGCUUCAAAACCUGUUCACGGAUCCGCUCUUCAAGGAACAAUGGUACCUGAACGGCGGUGCCAAAGACGGCUACGACAUGAAUCUCGGUCCGGCUUGGCAGAAGGGCUAUACCGGCAAGGGUGUCGUCGUUUCGAUCCUCGACGACGGUAUUCAGACCAACCAUCCUGAUCUGGCGCUCAACUAUGAUCACCAGGCCAGCACGGACAUCAACGACAACGACGACGAUCCGAUGCCGAGGGAUAACGGUGACAACAAGCAUGGCACUCGAUGUGCCGGCGAGGUCGCCGCCGUUGCCUUUAACCAGUAUUGCGGUGUCGGUGUCGCUUACAAUGCCAGUAUCGGAGGCGUGCGAAUGCUCGAUGGCCCGGUAAACGACGCUGUCGAGGCCAGAGCGCUGGGAUUGAAUCCUGAUCACAUCGACAUAUACAGCGCCUCUUGGGGUCCCGAGGACGACGGCAAGACCGUCGACGGUCCAGGCCCGCUCGCCAGGAGGGCGUUUAUUUACGGAGUGACGAGCGGUCGCAAGGGCAAGGGCUCGAUCUUCGUCUGGGCAUCGGGCAACGGAGGUCGGCAUACCGACUCGUGCAACUGCGACGGCUACACGAACAGCAUAUUCACCCUUUCGAUAUCAAGCGCGACCCAGGGCGGCUACAAGCCCUGGUACCUCGAAGAAUGCAGUUCCACCUUGGCGUCCACAUAUUCGUCGGGCACGCCCGGCAAUGACAAGAGCGUCGCCACCGUGGACAUGGACGCGAAGCUGCGUCCGGAUCACAUCUGCACGGUGGAGCACACCGGAACAUCUGCCUCGGCGCCUCUGGCCGCCGGUAUCGCUGCCCUCGCUCUCGAGGCGAACCCGACUCUAACGUGGCGCGAUAUGCAAUACCUAGUGGUGCUCACCUCGCGGUCAGAACCGCUGAGCAACGAGCCCGGUUGGAUACUGAACGGUGUGAAGAGGAAGGUCUCCCACAAGUUCGGCUACGGUUUGAUGGACGCGGGCGCCAUGGUCAGUCUGGCCGAACAGUGGACCAAUGUGCCGCCGCAGCACAUUUGCAAGUCCGACGAGAUCAAUGAGGAGAGACCGAUUGAUCCUACGUACGGUUACACCUUGAGCGUGUACAUGGACGUCACCGGAUGCGCCGGGUCCUUGAACGAAGUGCGGUUCUUGGAGCAUGUGCAGUGCAAGGUUUCUCUAAGGUUUUUCCCUCGAGGAAACUUAAGGCUCUUACUGACUUCCCCGAUGGGCACAACCUCGACCCUAUUGUUCGAGCGACCACGCGACGUUCUCAGUUCUAACUUCGACGAUUGGCCCUUCCUCAGUGUGCAUUUUUGGGGCGAGAAAGCGGAUGGCCGAUGGACCCUGCAGAUCAUUAAUGCCGGAAACCGACACGUCAAUUCACCAGGCAUCCUGAAGAAGUGGCAGCUGAUCUUCUAUGGCACGUCGACGAACCCGAUCCGGUUACGCACGCGGCAAUUUAAUCCGGUACAUUCCACGUUCCUUCCUUCCCAUUCCGUGCAUUAUCCGUUCACGGUAGACGAUGAUCCGCAACUGUCCGGCUAUCCGGGCAAUAGCGACUUCUUUUCUACGUCUACCUUUCAGAAUUACCAAGGCCCGUAUGCAGGCGCCGCGUCGAAUCUACAGGCAUCGGUGGCUACCUUGGACGGUUCAUCGGCGCCGAUCCUGACGAAUCACCUACCUGGCGAUGUCUCUUCGGCGGCCGCCUUCGAUUCACCCUCGGCGGCGUCAUCCGCGCAAAUGGACGGUUCUCUCGAUACUACCAGAAGGAUACUGCACGACUGUGAUCCUCAGUGCGACGCGCAAGGUUGUUACGGCAAAGGUCCGACUCAGUGCAUCGCUUGUAAGAAUUAUCGUCUUGACAACACUUGCGUCAGUCGCUGCCCACCAAGGAGCUUCCCCAAUCAGGGUGGUGUCUGUUGGCCUUGCCAUGAAUCCUGUGAAAUUUGCGCGGGCGCAGGUCAGGACUCUUGUCUCUCCUGCGCGCCCGCUCAUCUUCGAGUCAUCGAUCUAGCGGUCUGCCUUCAACAAUGCCCAGAAGGCUAUUAUGAAAAUACCGAAAACAGCACGUGCGUGCCCUGCGAGGCCAAUUGUGCCAGCUGUCAAGACAGACCGGACAAGUGCACCAGUUGCGAGCAUCACUUGGUGAUGCAUGAGAACAAAUGUUACGCCGCGUGUCCUCCGUAUACAUACGAGACUCAAGAUUACAGUUGCGCUCCGUGCCACGCUACCUGCGAGACCUGCAACGGUACGGCGGAGAACCACUGCAUUACCUGCCGAUCCGGGCUGUUCGCUUUGAACGGCACGUGUCGCACUUCGUGUCCAACGGGUUAUAGCCCCGACAAAAAACGGCGCGAGUGUGUCGCAUGUCCGCCCGGUUGCGCGACCUGUGCCACGCUAAGUUGCACCAGCUGCAUCGAGGGCUGGAGUUUGAACAAGAAAGGGCUGUGCGCGCCCGAGAGUCGCAGCAACUGCAACUCGGGUCAGUACUACGAGAAUGGUCAGUGUAAGCUCUGUCACUCGUCCUGCGAGACCUGCGCCGGCCCCACGGAAGAUCAUUGCAUAUCCUGCCCGAAUCCGUUGCUACUUCAAGACAAGCGCUGCGUAUCGCAGUGCGACGACGCGUAUUAUUCCGUGGUACAACCUUCGCGACCAAUUUGCGUCCCUUGUCUGCACACCUGCAAGAGUUGCGUUUCUCGUCUGAACUGCACGGCGUGUCAAGAUGGCCUGCAACUGCAGAGCGGAGAAUGCAGAUCGUCCUGCGCGUCAGGUUAUUACAGCGACAGAGGUCAAUGCGCCAAGUGUUACUUGUCGUGUAAAACGUGCUUGGGACCUAGGAGGGAUCAGUGCGUCACGUGUCCGAGAGGCUGGCAAUUAGCAGCCGGCGAAUGUCAUCCCGAAUGUCCGGAAGGCUUCUUUAAAUCCAAUUUUGGUUGUCAGAAGUGUCAUCAUUAUUGCCGCACGUGCAAGGGAGAAGGUCCACUAGAGUGCACUUCCUGUCCGGUUCAGUCCAUGUUGGAAGGCGGACUGUGCAUGGCGUGUCUAGGAGCGCAAUACUAUGAUUCUUUAACGCAGCUCUGUAAGAGUUGCCAUUCAGACUGCCGAAGAUGCGCUGGCCCUGGCAAAUUCAGCUGCACCGCAUGUUCGCCGCCGCUGCAUUUGCUGAAAUUGAACAACCAGUGCGUGCCUUGUUGUACGGGCAACGAAAAGGGGCCUCAAGCUGAAGAAUGUUGUCUCUGUGAUCCAGAAACUGGUAAUGCUCAUGAUUUGACAAGUGGCUGCAGGAACAGCUCGCCAGCUGGUAAAAGAAGAGUACCGGGAACAGAAUUCUCUGCUGGCACGGCUAUUUCUGAGACAUAUUCUGACAGUUACGACAAAUCAAGUAGAAACGACUCGGCUUCAUUUGCCGUAACAGCAGCCACAACUAUGGCGGUCGCUAUUUGCUUAGCGUCAAUUGCGUUAUUUGCAAUGAUAUUUGUCGCUCUUCAGGCCUGGUCCGGCAGAAGGGAAACCAAUAUGGGAUAUACGCAGCUCGCUGUGAAAGUGGAACCGUCCGAAGAUGUGGACAUCGACGACGCAACAGAACUAAUGACUUAGACUUCGUUAAAUGCCACGUAGCUAUUGACCCCUUGUCGACGAGUCGCACAGAGAUCAACGAUUCUCGAUUGUGAUCAGUUCGCGAGUCAGAAGUUACGUGCUUUCGCGUCAGCGAGGUCCAGAGAUAGCCUACAUAUGUGUAAUGAUGAAAAUGGGAAAACGGUGGUAAAUACGUAACGAAAAGGGAGAAGUACAAGGAGAAACAAGAGGAGGAGGAGCAAACAAAGGAUGAUUCGUCGAAAACGUGAUAGUAGAACUCCGUAGAGUAUGAACAGCGAAAGAGGAAGAGAGCAAAAGAGAGAGAAAGUGAGUGAAAGAGAGUGUGAUUGUAGUUUAUCUGGCCGUGGUGCGGUUGCAUGAACAUGCGAAUGUAUGAGGGAUGUGUGUGUUUAGCUAGAGAUAUACUUUUUUGCCUAUCAUCGUUGUCGAGUGCGUCGCCGAUGCCGUCAUCACACAUACCACCAAGUUACUUUCGAUACGGACGGUGAUUCCGAACACGCAGAAAAAAGGGUGAAGGACAUUAUGAAGUGCCUGAUUAGUGACACCCUUGAUCCCACACCCUUUCGCGUUCCCCCUCCGACGCUUUCUGUCCACGAAGUAACGCCGAAUCUUCGUUGAUUUUCGCGUCGAUCAUCGUCGUCGUCGCGUGCAUCCACGAACAAACAGAACGACGGACAAGUUACAAGUGUUGCGCGGUACAAGAGUCGAAAGCAAUCUAGUUCAUUCAAUAGCAUCUUUGAAUUAUAUCGAUUGACAUUUUUUUUUUCUUCGCGCAACAUUCUUCUUGACGCAAUCGACGACCGUCGUCGAGUUAUUCAAGAAACGAAGGCACGUCUCUUUCUUCGCCUCUCUUCGGAAAGCUACCACCGACGUUCCGUUAAGGGGUGAAAGGGGAUAUAAAAGUGGCCUCCGUACAUUAGGCUGAACCACGGACCACGUAAUCGUAAUCGUUAAUCGUGAGAAUUAUGAAUGGAUAUUGUUAUAUAUUUGUACAAAUGAUAAUAGUAACAAGCGAGCGAACAAAAGGUGGUAAUCGCACAAGGAUCAGGAGGGGGAGGCGAAAGAAACGAUAGCGAGACGACGAAUCCAACUUUGAGUCUCGACUAAUCGACGCAAUUCGCAUACACGGAGGAACCAACAGACUGUUACUCUCGUUUGCUACUGCGAUCGCCUAGUUAUCAGACGCGUCUGUGACGUCAGUCGUCGUAUUCCAGUACCUCCCAAACCGACACAACACAUACCGUCGACACAGCUAUUGCGUUUUGUAAACUGUUUAUUGUUAUUAUUUGAUUGUCUAUAUCGAUGUUUUGUUUAAUAUCCCACUUUCUCCGCGUUAUUCUUACUACUUUUUUAAUUUUCACUGAUAUCUGUUCUUUUCCCCCCAUUUCUUUGGGAUCGCGUGAGAGGAGAAAAAUCGUUUUAUAAAAAAAAAAGAAAAACAGAAACAAAUGAGUGGACAAGAAAGAAGAAGAGAGAAAACCAUACGCAACGAUCCGCAGUGAAUCGAUAUUCUUGAAAGCCAUCGCCCACGUCUACUCGUGUGAAUAUUGACUUUCUCCUCGUGAUUUGAUAUAAAGCUAUUAUUGUACUUUUAUGAUGACCGCGAUUAUAAAUAUAUACAUAUAUACAUACACACA